CUUGCUGUAGCCAGCGAUGGCUCCGGGUGGCCCUGAAAUUCUUUCCUCUGCAGACAGCAAGGCGGAAUGUCUUUUCUCCUUGGAGAUGUUGGUGCAUGAUGUGAGGGUAGACUGUGCAACCUUGGCAUUGAGGGAAAUGCCUUUGCCGACUGUGGCUUUCCGCUUAUUGGAGUUCCCCACCGUGCUUCUGUACCCGAAGCCUGGUUAUUUGGAUGAAGAUGUGGACCUUGAUUACGCGCCGGGACUUUUACAGUUGUCUUUCGAUCGGGGGAAAUCAUGCAUGUUCAGGCAGAGCAUCUCGUCGCUGCACAGGUUACUGUCCAACACUCCUUUGUACGUAUUACUGCUAGACCUGCGACCCAAUGUCCCAUUACUGUUGGGAAGUUGUCUGAUUUCGCUCUCUGAGACGGUGAUGUUGUUGAAAGAAGCAUUGGAAAAAGGAAACGAGGGUCUUCCUGCAGCACCUUGCUGGAAAGGUCAUAGUGGGAGACACAUGCUGCACGACCUCAUGGGCAGAAAGGUUGGUAGUAUUUCCUUGAGUUACCGGCUGCUGUGUUUAGGGGAAAGUGUAGUGGGACACAUGCAGUUAAACAGAGAGCCAGAAGAAGGUUGCAGACCUUUGGACAAUGCUCCAAAUGGAUCAGCAGAUUGUGUGCCUGAAAAUAGAUCUGUUGAACAAAUGGCAAAGGUUCUUGAACAAAUUCCACCACCUGUAAUAGAUUCAGCACAUAGUCCGCCAGCACCAACUGCAGCAGAAAAAUCAAUCAAAAUAGACAACAAGGAUCCCUUGGCUAAAAAAACAAAGAUAUGUCGGCAAAAUCAAUCAACUGUGCCAACAAUGGCACAUCAAGAAGGCAGGUGCUCUUCAGGCUCGGAUGUGGGAGACAGAUUGUCCGAUCUUGAGAAUGAAGCCAACGUUCAUUGUCCUCCACCACUUUAUUACCACUGCAAUUCUAAGGCCGAGCUAGUUUCUGAAGAGCUUCCUGAAGUGAGUAGGUCUUUUGGUGGUGUUAAAGUUAAUGCAGAGGAAGAUCACCUGUCUGAGGCAGAACCUGAAAAGGUUCCCCGGAAAAACAUUAACCACAGCAAACCAACCUGCAAUAUGAAUGUUGGGGAAAUAGAAAAAACGCAGCUGCAGCAACAGACAAGAUCUGCUCUCAGUCAGUUGCCCUUAUUAAAUGCUUUGCUCUUAGAACUAUCUGUUUUAAACGAUCAACUCCCAAGGGCUGCGGAGGCAAGUAUUUCUUCAAGGUUAGCAUGGCUUUACACAAAUGGUGCCAAUGCUGAAACGAUAGAGCCCAAAUCACCUUCAUUGGAGAAAGCAGCAAAGAAACCACCAUCUCCAAAAAUAAGACGAAAUAAACCAGAGGGCUUUUCAAGAUCUCCAUCUGCCACAACGUCCACAAAAGAACAAGAAAAAAGCAAAGAAUGUAUAAACGUUACCUCUUCCGCACCACAGGCAAAUGCGCAUGGCAAGAAAAAACUAAUUUACGGGAUUACAAACACAUUUAAGCUACGUCUUCAGCAGACCAAUCCUAAUGUACUAUUGAAGCAUGAAAGGAGAGAGCAGCGAAGGAAAGAGCUAAUCGAGUUUUCACAGCAAAAGAAGAUAAGGCAGAAAGGAAUAUUGUCAAAAGGUAGAAUUUCCCAAAGUUCUGUCAAGAAAAAACAAAAAGGAGGCCUUCACAGAUCCCUUGAUGAAAAUGUAGAAACUUUAAUACAAGGAGGAGAACGUAAGAUUGGUACUUUCCUCAACCAUGAGGCUCUUGAUGCUAAUAUAAUAGAAAGUCAUUGGGGCAAUUUUGCUACAAAGGGACAGCAUGGAAAAAGAGAUGGACUCUCCAUGAAAAAUUCUACUUCCGUAGCUGAUGAAGAUCUGGAGAGACAUUUAAAAUUACACCUGUCCAAGUCAUCACUUCGGACUUCUGAAGUCAGUGACCACGAAGAUUUAAAUCAUUCUCAUGUAGUGGCUGGGCGAAAUACUUCGAGCAGCCCCAAUGGCAGGGUAUCUGCAGACUUGCUUGCCAGCCAAGACUACACAGGAUACUCAGAUGAUUUUACAAGUGUUGAUUUUACUGGGAGGUAUUCAGAUGCUUUUGACAGCAGUCCGGAACCAGUAUUGCCUGGUCAUAACAGGGAUCUAUCCAACAGUGAUUCGGAAAGUGGCAGUAACUCUAACUAUAACUCCGUAACUCCUAGCAUUUCAACCCCACAGCCUACCGUUUCAAACGCGUCUCCGGUUCAAUCGUACAAAACAACCAUGAGGAAUCAAAAGCGACAACAAAUACGCAUACCCCUAGCUGUUUCUUAUCGUGACGAUAAUGAUGACCAGUCUGAUAAAAACUCCGAAAGUGGAGGAGAAAGAAGUAAACACGACAAAGUUCAGCACGUGAACCGUGAAAGCCCCAGGCUUAAAAGCGGUCCACAACGAGAUGAUGCGCUUACAGAAAGUGAAUCUUAUUCUUACGACAAAAAUAUUUCUGCAAGGACAUCUAAAGUCAGUGUACUUUCCAAUCUGUCUGGGGAGGACGUGAGUUCUCAGGAUAGCACUACUCAGCGCUCAGAACAAAACCAAACGCAAAAAAGUUUAUUGAAGAACAUAUCAGAUAUUCAAGUAAACAAACUUCAAGGAUAUACUUUGUAAAUGUAGAUACUCAUUUUAAAUGUAUUUAUUUUACUU